AUGAAGACUCCCCAGCAGGGCUUAGAAGAUCCUGAAACAGUUCUCCACCGUAUCCAUGGUGAUACCUUCUCAAUGACCAGAACGGCUUUAUAUACUCUUCCAAAUCCCAAGAAUCCCCUUGACCGAAACAACGUCGGCGCAACGUCAGAACACUUCCAGCAACCCCUGGUGAGCUCAGCGAUAAACGAUGGCCACGAUGGCCGGAGUAUUCCCGGAUUUUCCGAUAACCAACAGGAAGGACAGCAAUCCCCGGAUUCUAUCAACUCCGCUCACUCCAGCCGUCGAGGUGAUGAUGACCCUGCUCCAGUGCAUCAUCAAAGCAGCAAUCCUACAAACACCUCUCCUCGUGACAAUUCCGUUAGCAAGACACCACCCACUGGUGAACCUGCAGAACAUACCAACCAAAGGCAUCCGACAGGACGUCCUUCAAGACAAGCCAGUUUUGGGCAAUACCAGCGCUGGUUGCAAUGA